GCUCAAGCAGAAAUUACAAUGCAUGCGGAUGGUGCAACACUCUUCGGUUUCAAUCACCCCUUGGUUCAAAGCGUAAUUCAAGAAAAUACAACUAUUUCUAAUCUAGCUUGCACUUCAAAAGAGUGGAAUGAUUCUCAUAAAAUGGAAAUAAUAUUUAAUCAACAAAUAAAAAAACGCAAAAUUGCAACUAGCCCCAUAGUUAAUUAG